GUUACCAUGCAAUGAAAAAAAGAACAAUAUAACGUACAGUACAUCAACAUGAAAAUGUUACUCAUUGGCUAAUGCUGGGGAAUAAAAGUUAGGUUCCUUGUCGUGUCUUUGUAUUCACCAGAUUCAUUCCAGAGAACUUGCACAAGCUCUUACAGAGAGAGAGAAAAAUGGCUGUGACCAGUCAGCCCAGCCAAUACGCUCCCUCGGACUUCCAGACCGGCCUGUGUGAUGUCUGUGAUGACUGCGGGACCUGCCUCUUCGGGCUGUGGUGUUUCCCCUGUCUCUGCUGCUCCGUGGCCAGCGAUAUGGAUGAAUGCUGCAUGUGUGGCACCACCAUGGCCAUACGCAGUGUGUACAGGACCAGGUACAACAUCCAGGGCUCCUUGUGCAAUGACUGUCUCGUCAAUUCCUUCUGUCUGACCUGCUCAGUCUGCCAGCUGAAGAGAGAUAUCAACCGAAGAAAGGAACAGGGGAUCUUCUAAGUUGCAGAAAGGUAUGCAAACAUCAAGCAAAACAAGAGUCUUCUUUGAACAUCUGAUCUCUCAAUCAAAAGACAACUCCCACAAGUUCUGAAUUUGAUAAAUUAUGUAUUCUUUAAUACCUUCACACAAUGGUUCAAUAAUAAACUUCUGUUGCACUUAAAA